UUGUGGUCUGAGUUGGAAUGUUCUCUGCUGAAAGGAAGUGAAAACUCUGCUUAGAAUGACUCCGGUAGGGCUUACUUUUCUCACAGCAAAUCUGGAGGUGGCAGCUGCUGCAGUUUCCUCUCUUUCCCUCACGGUCAAAGGAGGAGCUGGAAGGGACUGACUUACACUCACACCUCAUUGAUCAGAACUGUGUACCUGGCCACUUCUUUAAGGGAGCUGAGAAAUUCAGUAUUUAGGCGGCCAACAGUGCCUAGAUACCUUCUUAUCCCUUCCUCAGAGAGUCCUUAAGUGAUCCAACUAAAAUAGCCUCUCCCAGCCUUUUUAUUAAAAAUUAUUUUAAAAAUAUUACCCUUGGCAGAGCCGAGCCCAGCAUUGGUCCCGAGGCAGCUAGUCAGCCCGCCGCCCGUCUGUCUGUCCCCAGAGCCAUGGAAAGAGCCAGUCUGAUCCAGAAGGCCAAGUUGGCAGAGCAGUCCGAGCGCUAUGAGGACAUGGCAGCCUUCAUGAAGGGUGCCGUGGAAAAGGGCGAGGAGCUGUCCUGUGAAGAGCGCAACCUGCUUUCUGUAGCCUACAAGAACGUGGUGGGGGGCCAGAGGGCCGCCUGGAGGGUUCUGUCCAGUAUCGAGCAGAAAAGCAACGAGGAGGGCUCGGAAGAGAAAGGGCCCGAGGUGCGAGAGUACCGGGAGAAGGUGGAGACCGAGCUCCAGGGCGUCUGCAACACCGUGCUGGGCCUGCUGGACACCCACCUCAUCAAGGAGGCCGGUGACGCCGAGAGCCGGGUCUUCUACCUGAAGAUGAAGGGCGACUACUACCGCUAUCUGGCUGAGGUGGCCACGGGGGACGACAAGAAGCGCAUCAUCGACUCGGCCCGGUCGGCCUACCAGGAGGCCAUGGACAUCAGCAAGAAGGAGAUGCCGCCCACCCACCCCAUCCGCCUGGGCCUGGCCCUGAACUUUUCCGUCUUCCACUACGAGAUUGCCAACAGCCCCGAGGAGGCCAUCUCGCUGGCCAAGACCACCUUCGACGAGGCCAUGGCUGACCUGCACACCCUCAGCGAGGACUCCUACAAAGACAGCACCCUCAUCAUGCAGCUGCUGCGAGACAACCUGACGCUGUGGACGGCCGACAACACUGGGGAAGAGGGUGUCGAGGCUCCACAGGAACCCCAGAGCUGA